AGUCUGUCAGUGGCUUUCGAUCCGUUCGGUUUUGUUUUCUGCGCGAGUGCUUUCCGUGACGUGUGCGUGUGCUGUGCUGCAUUUUUUUCUGCUUCGCGUUGGCUGCUUGCUCAAAAUCAAAAAGGGGUGACAAUUUAGUGGAUAUUAGUUACGUUUUUAAAGUGAUCCUUGAACGUUAGUGUGUGCAAAAGUAAGCUACCAAUUCAAAGUGUACAUUUUUGGUGAUAUUUGUGAAGAAAUUUGGACGGAAAAAGCGAAAUCGUUCGCUGGUUGGAUAAAAUAUUUUCAGUGAAAGAAUCUCGGCUCGAAGUUUUGACGCGCACCGAUGACCGCAUUGCAGAAACGCACCACCGCCCAAAAUCUGCGCGCGAUCAUCUUUACGCGAGUUCGACACUGGCUGUGAAGAAAUAUUAAAUCGCACGAGAGAGGAAGUGUGGCCCACCGGAGUGUAAACACAGUCGUCCGUCGUCGUCGGGGUUUUGUGGAAGGAAACAGAAAUAUAACGAUACCGAACAACCUCCCGCGGGAAGCAAAACGGGCGCGCGCGGAUGUGAACGGCCAAAAGUGGAGUUCGAUCACCUCUGUUGCCACAGUCGGCGACAGAGCUUUUGGGGUGAUAGUUUAGUUUCGUUUGGCUAAAUUUAGGAAGAUCAAGUGCACAUCAUAAGUUCACAUCUGAUUAAUGUCAUUAGGGAGAAAAUUGUAAGAUUGUGUUAAAAAGCCAGCGCAAAUGAAGCGAUAUGUGUGGUGGCGAAGUGAUGUUAAGUGCCACCAGUAAUCAUCGUAGUCGAUUGUCAGUGAAAAGAAUCGUAGAGGAACAGCUGCUGCUGGUUGUUGAAACGGUGCCAUUCCGUUGAAUUUCGAACAGUGUGUCGAUUUGAAAGGGCGCGUAGAAUGAUGGAGCCACGCGGCGGCACGAGCAGCAGCAGCAGUGCGGCACUGUUUCGAGAAAUCCACAAAAACACCUGGCUCCGGCGGUUGAACGGCGACGGCAAGCGACCAUCUGUGCUGGCAAAGAAGGCGGACCGUUACUGGGUCGUGUUCUGCGUCCACGAUGACUGCGAGGCGUUUCUCGAGGGUUAUCUGGACCCGCGGCAGGCUCCGUCGCACAGUCCGGAGUGGUCCCUGUCGCUGCAGACCGUUCAGCAUGUCUCGCACGCCCUGGUGUCCGUCGAGCAGGAGUUUGAAUUUGUGAUAACGCUGAGCACCGAGGUGGCCCGCUUCAACGCCAACACUUGGGAGUGCAUGCAGGAAUGGGUGGAAUCCCUUCGCUCGAAACUCCGGGAAAUGAAAUUGCUCUCUCCGAAGGAGAAUCUCUACUCCAAGUUACCGGAGAUAAAACCGCCGUUGGCACCGACGAGAGAUCCGACCUCUCCCCUGCCGGCCACACCACCCGUUCCAGCGGCCAUCGUUCCUGGAAUAGAACGGAUUCAACCGCUAUCAAAUUUGGCCUCCUCCCAGCAUCACACACCUCCCGCAACAGCUAUGGUCACAACGGCAACAACAGCUGUGCCAACGACGGCAACUCCGACAGCAAGUGCGUCUAAUGCGACACCGCUGACGACCACCACCAACUCUAGCGGUCCCCAGGUGGCCAUGUCGAACACCUCCACUCAGAACUUAAUGAACCUGCUUACCAACCCGCUGCAAGCUGUCAGCAGCAUAAACAAUCAGCACAUCAGUAGUCAGUAUCUCUUCGACGCCAUAUCACUCGCAUCGGAUCUGUCCGACUCGGGCAGUUUGGACGAUUACUCAAACGACCUCAUCAAGCGGUUCAUAUCGAGCAGUAGUCCGCUGUCAUCACCGCCACCAACGUCCGCCAACGGGGGUCCUUCCGGAAGUGGGUCGAAUCUGCCCAAACCUCAGAAGUUGACGACCAAGGAGAACGGCUUCAACCACUCCAAUGGGGCAGCUUCGUCCGCGUCAUCUUCGUUGGCCACGACCUUCGUUACCAACGUGUUGGCCGAUCCGGGGACAACGUCCCUGAAGCGUUCCACCAGUGACAAAAAAGUGUUGGUCGAUGUCAGAGCGGAUAGCAGCAGCGGUAGUAGCAAUAGCAGCAGCAGCAACAGCAGCAGUAGCAGUGGGAGUGAUGAAGAUGCUGACGCCAGCAGCAGUAGCAACACCAGCACCACGAGCAGCAACCGAAGUCGAGGGAGCACUUCCAACGGUCCUGCUACUGGAGGGUUGCUGGAGAGCUGUGCCAAUGAAUCAUCGUUAUUAUCAGCAGCGGUAGCAACCUCUCAGUCCUCGCCGCUGGAGAAUACGAACGGGUCGUCCCCCAAAACUAGAAAUGGACAUCGUAACGAUACCAAAAAGACUCGUCGGAAAUCACCACACAAGUCGAGCGAAUCGUCUGCAAAUGUCACCAUCAUCCAAGUUUCGAAUGGGACCACGGAAACGCCCAACGCAUCCCCGUCGAAAUCCGUGCUGUGUUCUCCGAAGGUAAAGCACCGUGUGACGACGGCCAAGACGAAACUUUCGAACAAUAAUAAUAACAUCAUUGACGACCUGAGCAAUGACAACUACAAAAGUAACGUGCAAAUAAUUCCGUCCAACAUUGAGUACGAUCAUCAUCCGCUGCUUCCAGACCAGGAGCCUUCGAUUAUCGCGUCCAUCAACGACCGACAGAUCACCACCGUAACUGUACCCAAUUUGGUCAACGGAAGCAAUGCCAGCGGUGGAAGUAACGUCAUAAUAACCACAGCGUCGAUUCCGGCGGUACAGUCCACCGUCAUUGCCACGGUGGCGACCUCUUCGACGCCAAUCAAGUCAGACAGCAGCAACUUUGGCGUUACCCAGAUUGCGGUAAACUCUUGUGAUAGACCCAAAACGCCUCCCCAUCAGCAGCAUCAACACUAUGAGCAAGUGUUUUUGCUUUCGUCGCCCAUCCAGGUGGGAAACCUGGACCAACCGAUGAGUUUGCAGUCGCCACCGACGUCCUCGGGCAGUUCCGUGGCCUCCAAGCUGAACAAGAGCAAGGUCAUGCUACUUAGCAAACAGCAACGUUCAUCUAGUCAUUCCGAAAUUCAAUUGAAUCGAGUCAAAAACCUCCGCAACGGACAAGGAAACAAGGAAAAUCAGUCGGAAGAUCAGGCUCCUCAAACGAACGGACAGUCCAGUGGGUCAAGUGCGAAGGUAGGGAUUCUUUCGUCGGCGAGUAGUCCGGCAGUUCCCGCCACCCAUGUGAGUCCUUCAAAACGUGCCGCUGUGGACAAGAACAUUUACACGCCGCAACCUCAGCGGCCAAUGCUGCAGCGAGGACUAACCGAAAUGGUGAUCAGCAGAUCAACUAACGCGGUUGUGACCAGUGGGCGGGACCUCGCUGCCCGAGGGCGUCAGGCAGCCGCCGUGAACCACUCGGCUGAGAAAGUUCGCAACGAAGUCAACGAACAGCGCCGCCGGAGUUCGUCCACGUCCGAUGCCCAGCCCGAGACGUCCGGGAAUCCGGUAAUGCGGGUACGGCAAAACGGAGCGUUAGCUUCCCGACUGCAGUCCCCUCCGCAACCGUUUCGACCACAUCACCAACUUAUCAGCCAGCUGGAUCCCGGAGGAGCUCCGAGCAACCGAAAGAUGACACUGCGGGAGCAACAGGUUAUGCAGCUGCGUCGGGAAAUGAUGCACCCGGGUGGGGUCCGGUUGCAGCUGCGUCGCAAGGACUGCGUCAACUCGAUCGGGCUGGUGGACGCGUUCGGCGCCGUUUGGGUUGCCGGCUGGAAGCAGAAGGAACAUCCGGUGCUGUACAACGCGCUCCACAUCGGCGACCAGCUGAUAUCGGUCGCCGGAGUGGCCAUCACCAGUGCGGCAGAGGCGCACAAAACGAUUCGUGGCGCGCCGGGACUGUUUGUGGAAUUGAUCAUCCGGAGGGUUCCCUUCGGUCGAGUUUACGCCAUUCGACGCGAGCUGGACGGACAGUGCUUGGGACUGAUUCGGGACGGCAACACGUCCACCAUUGUGGACGUGGUGCCCAACAGCUUGGCCGCCAGGCACGGUUUGCCGCCAAAGGCUAAAUCGUGCGACGGCCUCUCGCUGACGUUCUGGGUCCUGACGGAAAUCAACGGACGCCCGCUAAACUUGUUCUUCAAGGAGAACGAAAUUCGUGACCGGUUGAACGCCGUUGGCCGGGACAUUUCGAUUUUGGUUCAACCCGCUGAUUUGGUAACGAAACUGAAGAAGCAACUGAAAUCGCUCCGUGGCCACAAAGACUUUAUUGUGCAAUAGAGAUGUGUGCGGGUGUAAAAACAAACAGAAAACAGUGAUUGCAAAACGAUGUUGAUAGUAUUUAUUACACACAUUCCAUACGCCGGCGCGUGAACGCGGAGUUCUGAACCUAUAAUGUCUAGCGUGUGAUAUUUUUGGUCGUGUCGAACGAGA